AUUGUGUUCCAUGGUUCGCAAAACCGUAAAGAACAACUUUUGAAACACGUUUGACAGCACAAAUUAAUGCUUGUCAUGAAGGAUUUUUCAUACUCGUAACGCAGACAACUUUGAUUUCCGUCGCAUUUCCACCCUUGAACAAAUCAACGUCGAUCGUACGAAAAGAAAUUCACAGGCAUGAAUGAUCCUCUCGUCUUGUAUGGAGCAAAGAUGAUUUCCUAUCCGAUUCCGAAGAGUGAGUUAAAUAAUUUUGGGAAGGUCUCGGAUUCAUCAUGCAUUACUGCUGUAUUUAGGUCCUGUUUCGUGUCAAUUGUUUUACCUCUGUUCGACGAUUCCUUUCGCAGGACCUCGUGCCAAUCGAACCAAACCCAAGUAGACUUCAGUUUUUUUCCCAAUACGACAGAUACACCUCCCUGCCUUAGAAGUAAACGGUGUUGAAAAAAGCAUGCUAUACAAAUUUGCAUAGCACCGACCACCUCUUGCGACGUCCACAGGUCGUGAGUAAUAAAUAAGUACACACCAGUACUAGUAAAGAUCGGCUAUUCGAUCGACGUGUAUCAAUCCGGAAAUUGAAAAAUGAUCAUCUGCCUCGGUCCGGUUUGCUGCCCGAUCUGGCCGGUGAUUUUUCUCGUUCUGAAGCCGUUGUGGAACUACAUUCCGGAGGAGCGAAAAAAGGAUCUGAAGUCCUGUAUCCUGAGUGAAAACGCACCCACACCAGAGUCAGGAUGGGGAUUUUGCAACACAAACCUAGGAGUUUUGUGAGUCACGCAUGACAAAUUGCACUAUGCAGUGUAGUGCAGGUUAGCAAGUGCAGCCGCAUCACAGAUUCAUCUGCUCAUCCUGUUCACAGCAUCACAAAUUCCAAAACACGACUGGAAAUGGCUCUCAUGGGGAUGCGCAUUACAAGUCUUCCUCUCUUUGCAAAUCUGCAUUACAACUCUGGCGUGGGUACGUUUUUACUCAGGAUAUCCUUCUGGGACACGAAAUGCUACCCCUGGGUGAAGCCGGUGCUCGACCUACUGCCCACCAGUGUGCGGAAGUUCCUCUUCUACGGCAUGCCGAGUGCCGCUUGCGGAGGAGGCAAAAAGCAACAGUCUUCUACUACUUCGACGUGUUGCCCCGCCUCCGGGGUUUCGACCUGCAGCAUGAAAGGAUCGGCGGACGGUGUGGAACUUGCAGGGUUGAACAAAAACAAGCAGCCAAACUCCUCCGCGGCUAGCACGGCCUCCGGCGUGUCGGACGAGGAAGACAACUGGGUAGCUGGUGAGGUGGUCUACUAGGCAUCGCAAAUAUGAUCUCAGUCUGGAACUGGAAGAUUGCAAGAUUUACAAUUACUUAUGCAGAUUUUUGUCUUUUGAAGUAGAUUGGUUGAACGAUUUUUUGCAUUGCAGAUUUUUGUCGGACAAGACGGCUGUGAAGUUUCUCAUGCACACACGACGUCGCAACGGCAACAGGUUCAAGAUGAACAUCGCGAGGUGCCUGUAUAGUUGCUGAAGUGCCGCGACCGCUCGCGCGGAAAAAAAAGAGCCCCUAGAAGUAGAAUACUUUGUCAUGUUUGCGAGCAUCAAAUUGUAACCCGAGAGUUUAUAUAUUUAUAGUACCUGCUGAUCAUCAACACCAUAUUCCGCGAAUCAUGGUCAGCAUGACAACUUCCCUCCAGACCGAAACUACAUGUUUGCAUUUGAUACCUACUGCAAGUCGGAGGAGCAGUUCGAAGCUUUGCGGAAGAAAGCAGAACAGCGACCGAUGGUCCUCGACUUCACCGCGAGCUGGUGCAAACCCUGCCAGAAACUGAAGCCGGUCUUCGCGCAGCUGGCUGCUGCGCACAGCACCGCGGCGUUUGUAGUCAUCGACGUGGACGAAUUGGAGGAGAUCACGUCCGAGUACGAGGUGACGACAUUGCCGGCAUUUUGGCUGGAACACGGGACCAACAGAACGAGGAUGACAGUGACGCCAUCGGAGCAAAACUUGAAAGAGUUUGUGAAGGCCAAGUUGGUGUGAUGAAAGGUAUGGUAGCCGAAUGUUAUAUGUAGGGGUGUAGAAGUUUCGUUUCUUCAAUCAUCUUACUUCCUACUGCCUUGUCACGGCAAAGAACUUUUUCGACCCACAAGAACUUCUUCUGUCCAGAAGAUUUCAUCAGCGACUACCCGAAAUAUCACCCUUGCUCAGGCGACAAAAAAGCAACUGUAAGCCGUAAUAAAACCUGGCUGAAUUACCUAGAUCCAGCUGCUAGUGCCGCUGGCAAAAGAAGUCCAAAAGCGCGCGUUGAUUGGUUGCUUGCCGUCAGCGAUUCUUCUUG